CAUACGAGUGACCGUUGACAAAUAGCCGUGUUAUCAUUUUACGUUUAUGAUUUGUUGUAAAAAUAAUGGACUCGACUAUAAAAUGCUCGCACGUGGUGUCGUUCCUUCAGGCCAGAGAUCCAAGUUUGCUAGCGUGGAACGUUCACGAUUUGGAUAGAGUGAGAGCGGAUUUAAAGAACCGUUUGUUCGAAGACACUGUCGUCUCAGAGCCCGAGAGCGAGCUCGAAAAGGAUGACUGUUUGAAAGUAUUUCUACGGAUCAAAUCACACGUAAAAUUUGAUAAAUUGUAUACAGUUGAUGGAGACACAUUGAUAUCAAAAAUACCAGAAGACAGUCAUGUGAUGAGAAAUGCUAAAGUUGGCGAAACCAUCACCAAAAAAUUCACUUUUUCAAAAAUUUUAGGACCAGAAUGUACGCAAUCGGAAAUGUUUAACAAAAUUGUCAAACCGAAGCUUUUACAAUUCAUUAAUGGCAAGAACAGUACAGUCAUGUCUUAUGGAGCUUCUGGAUCUGGUAAAACUUAUACAAUUGUUGGUACAGAGAACCAACCAGGUUUGAUACCAAGAUCCUUGGAGUAUGUGUUCAGGUCACUUCCCCAAAUAUCUGACAUAAAAGUUAAACCAAAUGCAAAUGGGAGUCUCACAGUAUUAGACAGGACUACACUAAAAGAUGAAAGGAGAAAAUUACAUCAUUUAUUGUCCUCCUCACAUGUUAUGUCAGAUAAAGAUGUGCACACAAAAAUUUACAAAAGGAUGCAGGAACGGCUCAGCAGCGAGAUGGUCGCUACAGUCAAUUCCUCGGAUGUGUCAGUCAGCGUUUGGGUAUCGUUCGCCGAGAUCUACAAUGAAAAAGUGUAUGACUUAUUGGUGCCGCCGCCACCCCGCGGCAAGACGCGCCCCCAGCUUCGUUUGGCCUCUUCGCACGGUCACACGUACAUUAAGGAUCUGGCCGUCAUCAGCGUCACUUCAGGCCUCGAAGCCUAUCAGAUAUUGCAGUACGGCCUGAACAACUUGAACUACGCCGCCACUUCAGUCAAUUCGAAUUCAAGUCGGUCGCACGCGAUUUUUACGAUCAAAAUAGCCCAAGUUGUCGGCGACAUGAUGCAAGUUUCGUAUUUUAAUUUUUGCGAUCUGGCCGGUGCGGAACGGCUGAAGAAAACGAGAAACGUGGGUGAAAGACUCAAGGAGUCGAACAACAUCAACACGUCAUUGAUGGUGUUGUCAAAGUGCAUAAACAUGAUCAGACAGUCGCAGAAACAGGCCAACGACAAGUUGGUGGUACCGUUUCGCGAAUCCAAGCUCACGCAGCUGUUCCAGAAAGCUCUGGGCGGACACGAGAACAUUUGCAUGAUAGUGAAUAUCAACCCGUCUUUGGAGAUGUUUGACGAAACGCAUCACGUUCUUAAUUUCUCGGCGGUGGUGAAGGAAAUCAUCGUUGACGAGAAACCGACGAACCCGAUAGUGAUGAAGAAACUCAAUCGCUUCUCCGCCUUUAUCCAAGGCAGAUCCACCUCUAUACAACCCAUGCCCGAAAUCGAGGAACACGACGAGGGCGAAGAACCACUGGAGAUCGAAACAGUGGAAGGUUUAAGACGGGUCAUGAACGAUAUGUAUGAACAAUUUAUGGCCGAAAAGGCCCAAUGGGAGGCGUCCUAUUUAGAGGAGAAGCAACAAAUUAAAGAGAGGUACAACAAAGUUAUUAACGAGAUCGAGACCAACUACAACAAAAGACUGCGGGAGGCUGACGCGGAAUGUAAACGAAAAGUGCUCGAGGAGAGGGAGUUUUGGCAGAACAUUGCGGAGCAGGACGGGGAACCUAGGGCCAAAAGAUUGAAGCAAGACGAUUGUAUCGUGCUGAGUGACGAGGAAGAUGACGGCGCCGAUGAUGGCAAAGAUUUUGCGAGGUACCAGCUGGAGCUGAUGGAACUGCGCAAGCAAGUCGAAGACCAGAAGAAGGAAAUUGAAGAAUUGAAGCUGACGUUGUACGAUGCGGAGAAGGAAUACACGAAGCUGUUGGCUACCUCAACCAGCCAAAAAAAACUUAUUAUUGAACAACAAGAAGCGCUACAUCAACACGAAGCGGCGCUAUUUAACAAACUUAGGGACACUCCAGAAGAGCACGAUUCUAGCGAGGAAAACGUCUCGGAGGAAGUGGACACUGAAGAGAAAGUUGAGCACCUUGUGGAAAAACAAUGUAGUACAUCGCCGGACAAGAAAUCAUUGGAAUUGGAAUCUGUAAUAGACGAUAAUAAGGAGAAUCUAUCGGAGUGUUUGAACGUGUCCCCGAGGACGUUAUUGAAAAACAAAGUGCAGGCACAAGAAAAGUCUUUGUUUGAGAGCAGCAAUAUUGAUUUAAAGGAUGCGGCCGAAACAAGUCCUGUCUAAUUAGAAUUUUAUUUUGUACAUUGUUUUAUAUUUAUAUUUGUAUUAUUUAUGAUUUUAUAUUAUUAUUAAUUAAUGCAUAAA